CAAGCAUUUGAAGCGAGGGAGAGAAAAAAAGAGGGGGAUGGAGAAGAGCGAAAGCACAUCAGGCGACACGCCUCAGCCAUGGCAGUCGUACCACACUGUCUUCACCAACGCUAAAGCAGGUAUGGAUGGGGUGGACAAAGAGAGAGUGCAAAGAAUAGUGUAUGAGAUGAGCAAAGGAUCUAAGUAUUUCGAGAAUGAGGAACGCAAGGAGGCCUUUACGAGGCGGAAACUCGAGAGCAUGCGUGCUCAAUGCGCGAUGCUCACGGCAGCCGAUAUAUCUAACAAUCGGACGGUGGCUGAUAGGAGAAUUUUAGAGCUAGAAGCUACACGUGACUUGACGAGGAUUUGGCUGCACGUAGAUAUGGAUGCUUUUUAUGCUGCUGUUGAGACAUUAAGUAACCCAAUGUUAAAGGGCAAGCCAAUGGCCGUUGGUGGCAUGUCUAUGAUCUCCACCGCCAAUUAUGAGGCACGGAGAUUUGGGGUUCGUGCUGCAAUGCCUGGUUUCAUUGCACGUAAAUUAUGUCCGGAGUUAAUUUUUGUUCCCGUAGAUUUUAAGAAGUAUACUUAUUACAGUGAUUUGACUAGGAAAGUUUUUCAGAAGUAUGAUCCCAACUUCAUGGCUGCUAGUUUGGAUGAAGCAUACCUUGACAUAACUAAUGUCUGCAAACAAAGGGGCAUUACCAGUGGAGAAAUUGCUGAAGAACUCAGAACCUCUGUUUAUGAAGAGACUGGUCUUAUGUGUAGUGCUGGAGUGGGACCAAACCGCUUACUUGCUAAGGUUCUGCUGGCUAUUUUCUUGAUAUUCUCUGUGUGUGUGUAUCCUGCAUGGAAUCCACCAUAUGCCUUUUCAACACAAAAAAAAUAAAAAUAAAAAUAAAAUUGAGGCAUAUAGCAAAUAAAUAGAAGUUUGCAUAAUUUAUUAGAGAACUUCACAUUUUUUGCAAUAAGGCAAGUCAUUUUAUUUCAUGGGGAAGUUCAUUGCCACGAAUAGAUAUUAGGUAUAUCUACCAUAAAAUAUUUUAUUUUAGGUUUGGUGUAAAAGAUGGAAGGCUUUUCUUUGCAUCUUGAGGGAAGAAUUCAACUUUUGGUGGCUGGAAAAAUGGUUUUGAUAGCAUGCUUCCCAUUGUAUUCAAGUCAAACUACAUGCAUUGCUUAUAGCACAAAACUAGGCCUGCCUAUGAAAUAUAGAGUAGACUGCUUUGAAGUCAAGAAUCAAAUUGUUUGGAGGUUAAGAAAAGCUGUGAUGAGAAGCUUAUUGGGGAAGAAAGAUAAAAAUGAGAAUAUAUGAAAAAUUUCAGGAACAGCCCUAAAUUCAAUCGUAAGAUGAGGUUUUGGGGUAUAUAGUUUAAGAUGUGCUUUCUGGAGGUGGCAGAAUAUUGCUGCCAUGUUAUGAGUUCUUAAGAAUAAUACAGAAUCACAUUAUGUGCCCACAGUGUGGUGGUAUGCUAGUUAGUAAAACCAUAAAAUAGGGGAAAUCAAAUCAAG